UCCACCUUCAUCGUGAGCAAACAUACAUCAUUUUGUGGCAUGGUAGAAUAUGAUUAAACAAUUCGUCUUUGUCAAACACAGGUAGACGGGUUGUUGACUGCAUGGUUCUCAUAAACCCUUACGUGGACUCCGGCUUCAUCUUCCACAGGCAGAAUCGCAACACAGUCACAGCAUUUCCCCUCAGAGCAUAAGUAUGUAAGAGAACAAAGAAUGGCAGUGAGCUGAGAGCACGAUGAGGAAUAAGCCUGAGAGAGGCCCACGUGAGGGGAGCAGAUGGAGAAAGUAUUUUACAGGGUAAGUUAUGCACGUAAUUGUAUGCAUGUAAGUAAAUGUAUGCAUGAAUGAGUGUAAAUUCAUGCAUGUUAUUAGUAAUAACAGCAGCAAGAUGAGUCAGGGUCUCUUGGUCCCAAGUUAGGGAAACCAUUUCAAGGAGGUGAAUGCUUAAUUCUAAACGAAGCACAAGAGGGACAAGAACUAUCAAACAUCACAUUAGGGUUCUCAGUUGUAUUUAACCUGGAGCUCCCGGUGAGCCUUGGGGGAAAACACCCUUCUAAAACCACGACCUUCGCCAUCGACCACGCCUUUGGUGUUGGUGAACGGCAGCACCUGGAGGCGUCCGCCCCUGCUGCGGCCACAGGUGGUAGCACCCCGGGCAAUCACGAGGCCCGGCCUCCGCCCCGGCAGGCCCAGGGAGGCUCCAGCACCUCGGAGCCACGGAGACGUCGAAGCUAGGCAGACUCACAAGGCACUCCAGUAAAUACUGCUGCUACGGAAAACGGUAAAAGACGCACAAAUGAACAUGGAGGCAAGUACAUUAAUUCGUAAGGAGCCAGGACCGCCAAAGAGGCUAGGCGCGAACUCGAGCUGCCUUGUCAGUGCCUCCCUCUCCGAGGAAACCACCGCUACGAUUAGAAGACCGAAGACCGUGCAGCGCCACGGACGGGAGCAGCUGUACACAGACUGGUGGUCGUAAUGGUCACGGCACCAGCCCGAGGGCCUGACUCCUCACCGGCACAAGCAGAGCUGGACUCUCCUCAACCACGUGCUGCAAGCACCCAGACCAGUGCUCCUUCGGCUGAGCUCAAAAAAUGAGAUGGAGAACCUGGUAUUUAUCUUCUAGCACCAUCAGCAGUUUCUACCUCAGAUUUCCAUGUUGCUCUUUAUUUGCAAGUUAACUUGCUGGAGCUUUGUCACUAAUACCCAGAAGCUGUGAGAUGAGCCUCAUGUGUGUGGCUUCUCCUCGUCAUACAGCUUCACUGGAAGACAACGGACAAAGGGGAAUUAAGACAUUGAAGGCUACUGACAAAAGCCUUUGUUACUUGGUUCCCUGCUGCAGAGACAGAGCUACAGUCUUGAUCAAGGGCCAUCAUCAUCAAAUACCGGGUAACGGUGGGCAAAGAUAAAGGUGAUGUCAUGGCGUCAGCUGGGCUCCAGCUCCUUGCUUUCAUCCUGGCCUUAUCUGGAGUCUCCGGAGUGCUCACGGCCACUCUGCUGCCUAACUGGAAGGUGAAUGUGGACUUGGGCUCCAACAUCAUAACGGCCAUUGUGCAGCUGCAAGGGCUGUGGAUGGACUGCACGUGGUACAGCACCGGGAUGUUCAGCUGCACCCUGAAGUACUCCAUUCUGUCCCUCCCCGUCCACGUGCAGGCUGCACGGGCCACCAUGGUCCUGGCAUGUGUCCUGUCUGCUUUGGGGAUCUGCACUUCUACAGUAGGGAUGAAAUGCACUCGCUUAGGAGGGGACAGAGAAACAAAGAGUCACGCUUCUUUUGCCGGAGGAGUCUGUUUCAUGUCUGCGGGGAUCUCUGGUUUGAUACCAACAGUGUGGUACACGAAGGAGAUCAUAGCAAACUUUCUGGAUCUGACAGUUCCAGAAAGCAACAAACAUGAACCCGGAGGAGCGGUCUAUAUUGGAUUCAUUUCGGCUGUACUGCUGUUUAUCUCUGGCAUGAUUUUCUGCACUUCCUGCAUUGAAAAGAAUCCAGAAGCUUGGCUCUAUCCACCCAAGCAGCAGCAAAUCUCCACCACACAACCAGAGGGCAAUUCAGCAUACAACCUGAAAGAUUACGUGUAAAUAACUGUGUAAUGAGUAUGGAAUUUUCAGGUGCCUGCUGUGACUUUUGUCUUUUUAUUUUAGAGAAAAAAUAUAAAUGAGGUCAUUUAAAAUGCCAACAAACUAUUGUGUACAAUUAUAUAUCUGUUUUAAGAUUAUUUUUCCAUUUCUAUUUUCAUGUUUUAUCUAGAGGUUUAUAAUUGAGAGAGGUUCUGUUAUAUUAAGGCAAUUAAUUGAUGGCUUUUUUUUUUCCUUUUAAGAUAAACUGUUGAUAUAUCUUCUGGGUUGUUACUUAAUUGGAUUUUAUAAAAGAACUAAAUUGCCAAGUACACAAAGCACCUUUCUCUGGUGUUGAUCUAGGGUAUCAUCUGCUUUUGCUGUCUGUCUGCAACACCACAGGGGCUUGCUUAUGUUUUCAAGCCCCACUGUUUGAACCCAAGGGAAAGAAGACAUGUCCACCUCUCUUCGAUGCUGCCCAAACCAGCCUCCCCAAGUUCCUACCUACUAUGACCUCCCUGCUUUUUUCAUUUUAGAAACCUCUAUGUACACAUAUGAGAGCCAACAAUAUGAUAUUCAAAGAUUAGGUAGGCAGAACAAAAGAAAAGAAAUUGGUAAAUGCUACCACAGCAAAGCAAAACCAAACCAAACUAAAUGCACACUGAUACCUCUGGGACUUGAAAGCCUUAGGUACAAAAUAAGUGAGAAUAAAAACAGUUUGCUUUAGAGUGCUCAAGAAGUGCCAUCUUUUGCAGCUAGCAAGAGGAUGCUCCAGAUUAAGUUCAUUUAUCCUACAACAACUCAGGUCCCUCCACUGCCCUCUCCUUUAACCUCUCAUUGAUUACUAGCUGGAUGAUGAAAGUUCCUUUUAAGUUGUCAUUUUGUUCUCAAGUUUGAUUCAUGUUAAACAUUGCUGUUCUCUUAUAAAUGAACUGCUUCAGUUAGUUAAUAGAAAGACAAAGUAUGUUUUUAAAAACCUAAG